AUGGACAUUCCUCCGGCACCACAACCCACCAUGCAGGACGUAAUGAACCUCAUGGUCACACUCAUCCAGAACGUCAACAACCUCACAACUACCGUGAACCAAUUCAUCGCGAACGCACGCCAACUGGCUGCUUCAAUUUCUUCCUCCCGGUCCCGGUCUUUCAUCGAGAAACCAGCCACUUUUGACGGCAAGUUGUCAAAAAAAGCCAGGCUAUUCCGCAGCGCGUUCUGUGUAUACAUCCGAGGGAACAAAGAGAUAUUCGCCUCGCGAGACGCCAACAAUGUUAUCAUCCUCGAUCACUCUGGUAACUGGAUAAUGAACCCACUCAAAAUGAUCACCAGUAUCCUCUCCUUCAUGACAGACAACGCAGCAGUCUGGGCAUGCCCUCACAUCGAAGAACUUUCAGACGGUCUCACUUCGUUUAGCUCUUCCUGGGACAAAUUCGUCAAGCAGUUCUCAGCUAAGUUCGAACCCGUCGAUGCAAAGAACAAAGCCAAGCAGAAGCUCAUGUCGAUCAAACAAGACAAUGACCUAUACGAUCGUCUCAAGUCCGGCAUGAGUUCAGACUACCUCAAUAGGCUGUCCUACUUUGCCCCGCUGGCUACGGACUACAAUUUGGUAAAGAAAUACAGAGCAACAAUCGACCUGCAGAAAGCAGACCUGGCGGCCAAUCAAGGCAAACCAGUCUCGCAACCUCGGUCAUCGACAACGCGCUCCUCCAGCUUUUGCGACCCAAACGCCAUGGACAUCGACGCAAUGGAGAUCUCUGCUGCCCGCUUUGACGAUCUCUUCCAGGAUCUCAAGGACCCUGCAGAGAUCAAAAAGCAGUACAAUAAGCUCAUGGUCGGUCGCUGCCGCGUCUGCGGUUCUAAAGGUCACAAAGCGGACGGGGCGCACGAGGACACUAAGUGUCAACAUUGCGGCAAGCCUGGUCAUUGGAAAAAGCUCUGUCUGUCAAGACUAAACGGACAACCACUGAAGUCACAAUCGGUUAGAGCUUCAUCGUCGACAAGCCCCUCGGCGUCAGCAUCCGUCUCAGCGUCGCAAGACUCCGCUGCCAAUGUAGCUAGUCUCAAGGACAUGAUGUUCUUAAUGCAGAAGCAACAAGCUGAGCUGAUGGCAAAGAUCAGCCAGGGUUUUUAG